AUUAGAGUGAGCUCCCUUGUAUUGUGACGUCAUAAUAAACAAAACUACACAUUUGUGCCGGCAGUCUUUCCCCAGAAGCAACCAGACGUAUUUGUGAUCCAGCAAAAGAGCCAAGAUGCCAACCUUUCCACAGUACCUGAGUCCAGAGAAGGAGGAGGAACUCCGCAAAAUUGCCAAUGCCAUAGUAGCUCCUGGCAAGGGAAUCCUAGCUGCUGAUGAGUCUACAGGUUCUGUUGGGAAGAGGUUUGCCCCCAUCAACGUUGAGAACACGGAGGAGAAUCGUCGCAGAUACAGAGAACUGCUAUUCACCACCGACAAUGCCAUCUCUGAGAACAUCAGUGGUGUGAUCAUGUUUCACGAAACGUUUUACCAGAAGACAGCAGAGGGCGUCCCCUUCACAAAGGUUCUCCAGGAUAAGAACAUCAUUCCAGGCAUCAAAGUUGACAAGGGUGUUGUACCACUGAUGGGCACAGACAACGAAUGCACCACGCAGGGUCUGGAUGGCCUGAGUGAGAGGUGUGCCCAGUACAAGAAAGAUGGCGCCCAGUUUGCCAAAUGGAGAUGUGUCCUUAAGAUCCAGAAGGAGAGCCCGUCCUACCAGGCCAUGCUGGAGAAUGCUAACGUCCUCGCUCGCUAUGCCAGUAUCUGUCAGCAGAACGGUCUGGUUCCCAUUGUGGAGCCAGAGGUCCUCCCUGACGGUGAGCAUGACCUGGACACGGCAGAAAAAGCUACAGAACAGGUGCUGGCAUUUACCUACAAGGCAUUGGCCGACCACCACGUGUUCUUGGAGGGGACACUCCUCAAACCAAACAUGAUUACGGCUGGGAUGUCCUGCAGUAAGAGGGGAACCCCAGCAGAGAAUGCUCGUGCAACAGUUCUCUGCCUCAGCAGAACGGUCCCUCCCGCAGUCGCUGGUGUGACAUUCCUCUCCGGUGGUCAGUCGGAGGAAGAUGCGUCUACAAACCUCAAUGCCAUUAACACAGACUCGGGCCGCAAACCUUGGCCACUAACCUUCUCCUUCGGCCGAGCACUCCAGGCUAGUGUCCUCAAGAUCUGGCAGGGCAAGGAGGAAAAUGUAGCCGCAGCACAGAAGCAGCUCCUUUUGAGGGCAAAGGCCAAUGGUCUGGCAGCCGUGGGCAAGUACCAGGGAGACAUGGCAAGUGCAGCAGCGGCCGAUUCUCUGUUUGUGGCACAGCACGCGUACUAGACACAGAACCAACCCAGCUUACCUCCCCUUAUCAUGUACGCAUGGUGUAGCCCUACAAUACUAGAGACAGUUUUUCACAUGUAAUGCAUUUAUAUUUUAACGAACAAUAUUGCUGAACACAUGCGGGUGCAGUGCGUGUUGAUGAAGAGAUUAAGUACGUUUUAACGUACAAUAAUGUGAUAGGUAUUAUACCGUAUUUUUAGGCAUUUUUUUAAGAUACUUCGGAAUCUCAGCUGUAGGCAUAAUAUGUAGUUCACCACAUGGUAAUGAUUCGUGCAGAUUUUAAUUGUUUUCGUCACUUAUGUAUUGUUGAUGUCAGCAUUUGUUAAACUUUAUUUAUUUGCUUAAUAGAACAGAUUAUGCCUGUUAUGUGUUAAAUGAUGAACUUGUUAUGAUUUCUGUGAUCCCACUCCUCAACUGAUAAAACUGUAUUAAACAAUAUAUGCAUGUAA